GAAAUAAAACAAAACGAAAUGUCAAUGACGUCACGGUGGCGACAGUCGCGUUCUCAUUAUUUUUGUUUCGCAAUUUUUAGAAUAUCUGGGUUAUUUUAGCGCACGGUGCACAAAACCAAACGGGCAUCGGAAUAAUCGACGGAAAUAUGGACAACCAGUACUAUUACAAGCUGAUGGCGAGUUAUCUGUCCAAGCGGAACUGCGACGAGUCGUUUAUGAGGUAUUUCUUUGGGAAAACUUCGACAAAGAAGACACCCGAGGAAUUGGAGCGGGCGGACGAGCGAAAACGGCGGCUGCAGCGCGAGCGCUCGCGGCGCUACCGCGCACUGAAGAACGCAAGACGGCAGAACGAGGGAAGCGAAGAGACGGCUUGGUCAAAGCAGCGCGCGCCGCCCGACGACGAGCCGAGCGACACGGACGAGCCGCCGACGCUUUGCGACCUGUCGUACGAGCCGGGCUCGUCGGACUGCGCGUCGGACGACAACUCUGCGCACUCGGCGGCCAGCGAGCCCGUCGCCGCGCCGCCCGCGCUCAGCCUGCGCGAGCUGCUCGCGCAGCCCAACGCCGAGCUGGACUACCCCACCGUGCACAGCCUCAUGUUCCACUGGCUGCAGACGUAACCGCCCCCGUAGCCGCGCCCGCUCCGCUCCACUCGCCACCCUACAUACUGAACACAAAGGAAACGCGCGGAGUGCGGUAGUGACACAUAUCAAUGCUUCAAUAGUUCACACGAGAAGACCGAGCCGUCCUGUUAAUUUUACUUAUUAGAGUAUAUGAUAACUUUGUCAUUAGCUUUUAGUCGCUCCCGCGCAGCGAGGCGCUGCUCCUGUGGGAUUGGAUUGUGUCAAAUUAUCCUGACGAGAGCAGUUUUUUGGUAAUAUAUGAUGAGAUUUCAUGUAAUCACCCAAACAAUUCACACUGAAAUAAUUUAGUAAUUAGAAAAUUUUGAGGUUGGCGAGCAGAAUGUUGUGAAGAUUGGGACUGGUCAAGUGAUGUUGGGUGGUUACAUGAGAAGCACUGCUGGUGACACUAGUUGUAGAAUAUUCCAUUAGACAAUAAGUUGUUAUAAGUUGCCAUAUCCUAUAACUUAGAUACUCAACUAUUAUAUAUGAUAUAGAGAAGUAUAUAGUUACUAUAUACCUAUAGUUUGUGAUAUGAAUGAAUUUACAAUUUGUGUGAAAUCUACAAUGUUAGCUAGUAUGGUAAUGUUAGGAGGGAGCCAGGGCUCCGAGCACAUUCCUUGAGCCUUGUUGGUCAAGCUUGAGUCACAUUGGCAACAAGUACAUAUCUUAAACUUCAGUCCACGGACAUAGUAUUUUAUAAUGGACAAUAAUGCAUAAUAUUACUAUUGUCUGUAGUAACUCACCUACAGCUUGUAAGUUUUACUUUACUGUCGAGCUGUCUAAUGUAUGCAGCUUUUCUUCAAGUAAGAUAUGCAUAUUCGCCCAUGGCUGCUAAUAGCUAAGUAAAACGUACAUGAGGUAGUGGGCAUUCGUUUUGGUAGGAUAUUUUUGGUUAGUGUAGUUUAGGGUCUCCAAACUUAUUUUCCCUAAGGGUUACACUGUAACUGGGCCUUCUAGGCAGUUGUUGCUGUCACAGGCCAGCCAGAAACUCACCUGCUUCCAUUCUGCGGGCUGUAGUCUGGAGACCCUAGUAGUGUAGGCUUUUGCAACUAACCCAGCACUUGCUCCAAUGCAUUUAACACACGCUUCUCAGUAGCUCUCUUUAAUAAUAAGUUAGAUUUGUUAAGUUUCUCGGUUGCUUUACAGCUAGGUCUGUUAGUAUUUAUUUCCAUUUUAUUUCUGAAAAUGUUGUAUUUUGUAGGCUUUUUUUAUUAUAAUAAUAAACUCUUAAACCUGCAUGCUAGUAUACUCUGUUGCAUUAUCAAUUAAUUGACUAGUUUUUUAGUUGAAGGAUUUCAAAUUACUGUGCCUAAUUUUUAUAAAUAUUUGCCUAUUGUCACUCAACUCAUGGUUCAUUUGAGUCUUAAGCUGCACAGAUGAUAUUGUGAUAUCUAAUAAACAGAGGACAAGAACAUGAAACAAUACAGAAGAAAUAUCCUAACAUUGUAAUAAUUUACUCGGAUAGACCAGCACACACGACAGUUUGAGCUUAGUUGUAAGUAGGUGACAGCGCAUCUGGAAUGGCCACUGCGGCAACUUUAUUUUGGUUAAUACCUAUAAAUAAUUUGUAUAGCAUUACCACCUACUACGAGUGGUAACAACUGGGAUGUUUUCUCAUCUGUUAGCACUGUGUGCAGUUGUAAAAAAACUGCUUUUAUUAGUGGUAUCAUUGAUAUCAACUUAGUGCUAACAGCUGGUUUUUAUUUACUUUCACUUUCUGUUAUAUCAGUUUGCUAUUAAAUCCGUUCUAAAACUACAUACAUGUAAGACAAAUGACAAUGCAAUAUUACUGUCGUAGGGCUGGCCAGAUCAGAGCCAUAUAGAGGCCAUAUUUAGUUUUUUUGUAGAUCUGCUGCUGGUUAAAGCCGCGGCCGGCCGCCAGGCGGCGCUAGUUGCCUUCACGAAUACUAUAGUUUGUAACUAACAUGUAGGUACUGUAAGGUAGUGCCAUAUUAAAGAGCUUCCUAUUUUUAA